AUGGAUACUUUUCGCCGACAAAAAUGGUUUAUUCUGUUAAUAAGUGUCGUGUAUUUGAAGUUUGACAUCGUCAACGGGUUGAAGUGUUACUGCAACAGUGAUAGUCCAAGCUGUCCUAAUUCAACUUGUGAAACUGAUGGAUUCUGUUAUGCAUCUACCACACUUGAGAAUGGGAAACAAAAAUAUUCCUACCACUGCAUCGAGUUGAAAUCACUGAUACCCAUCGAGCAUCCCUUCAGUUGCUCCACGACGAGAACUAGAAAUGAGUCGGUGGUGAUAGAGUGUUGUAAGUCACGUGACAUGUGCAAUCACGACCUACGCCUGGAGUUACAUACGAAGCCGCCAGGUAGGAGCGACGUGGAGAUAGUGCCCACGAUAUGUUGGCCCCAAGAAACGAUAUUCCCUCCCGGGGACAGGCCUAUUUGGUGUCGCGAAGCCGAAAGCGCCGAUAUGUUUUGCUGCGCCACGGACUUCUGUAAUGUUGACAUCUUUCCAGAAUCAACCACGUCGGCGACGGCAUGGCAUGUGGUGCCGUGGAUAAUGGGGCUCAUGGUGCUGGGAGUAUGCGCUGCAAUCAGCUUCUGGUGGGCGAAGCGCUCCAGCAAAAUUAAGGAGAGGGGCUCCCGUCCGCUUUACCCGACUGAAGACUCCCUGUGCGAGACACGCCACCCCAUCACUGCCACCAUACGUGAUAUGAUCGAGCUCACUACCUCAGGCUCUGGCUCCGGCUUGCCCUUGCUGGUGCAACGAUCAAUCGCGAGGCAGAUCCAAUUAGUGGACAUCAUCGGCAAGGGCCGCUUCGGUGAGGUGUGGCGCGGCCGGUGGAGGGGUGAAAAUGUGGCCGUGAAGAUAUUCUCCUCGAGGGAGGAGUGCUCGUGGUUCCGAGAGGCCGAGAUAUACCAGACGGUCAUGUUGCGACACGAGAACAUUCUAGGUUUCAUCGCGGCGGACAACAAAGAUAACGGAACAUGGACUCAACUGUGGCUCAUAACGGAUUAUCACGAGAACGGUUCGCUUUUCGAUUUCCUUACGGUCAGAACCAUAGACUCCAACACCCUGGUUAAGAUGGCACUCUCGAUUGCAACGGGCUUGGCCCAUUUGCAUAUGGAUAUUGUCGGCACCAAAGGUAAGCCGGCUAUAGCGCAUAGAGAUCUAAAGUCGAAGAACAUCCUGGUGAAGAGCAACCUGACAUGCGUCAUCGGCGACCUAGGGCUGGCGGUGAGGCACAACGUCGCCAGCGACUCAGUGGACGUGCCAUCGACGAAUAGGGUUGGUACGAAGCGCUAUAUGGCACCCGAGGUGCUGGACGAGAGCAUGGACUCGCGCCAGUUCGACCCGUACAAGCGGUCGGACGUGUACUCGUUCGGGCUGGUGCUGUGGGAGAUGGCCAGGCGGUGCGGCGCGAUGCCCGACGAGUACCAGCCGCCGUACUACGACUGCGUGCCGCCGGACCCCGCCCUCGAGGACAUGCGCCGCGUCGUGUGCACCGAGAGGCGGCGUCCCAACGUGCCCAACAGGUGGCACUCGGACCCGGUGCUUUCCGCGAUAUCAAAGCAGACCACAUCAAGCUGUAAACGCCUAGCAAAGGUUAUCCCGCAAGGACCUGGCGUUGCGACGUCGAAAAUUCUAGAGAACCUGGGACUAUUUGUGCUCCGCCUCGCUCGCUCUUCGCUCUCC